GGGUAUAAAAUAAUGCUGCCCCCUUUGUAGUGCCAUUUGGCACAUGGUAGGGAGCUUGGUAGGAGUCCGCUCAUUUCCCAAAUGUAAGGGUUAAACAGUCCAGGAAAUUAUAUGAUGCAUUGGCUAAUUGAUAUCAAGCCACAGCAGGCUUACACACUCGCUACGUCACAUCACUUCCAGUCUAGACACUGUCAUUUGUCAGUUAAUUGGGUAAUAUCAACUUAACCAGGGUUAAUUUCUCGGAGAAUGUGCUCACACACUUACACACACACACACACACACAGAGAUUUCCAAUUUGUAUUAAAACCGAUUAAUGACAGCCAUCCACUGAGAUCCUUCCAAAGAUCUGAAACUGAAACAUGUCUGCUUCAAAAAUCACAUAAAAAAAUAAUAAAAACCCAGCAUGAUACAGGGCAUUAUCAUCCAACAUUUCCCAGAGUAUAAAAUCUUGUCUGUUUCAGGCGCUCCACUGCUUAACUGCACUCAGCUGAUGACGCACCGUUACAUAAGCACACAAAGCUAGUGGCAAUGAUCUAUUUUCCCGUUUGACCCAUCUGAGUGCUCAUGAGAAACUCAGCAUGUCAGUGUUCCGUGUGUGAUGGGGUUGUUUGUGAUGCUGUGCAUAGCAACAGCCACCAACACACACGUGCGUUAUUUUUAGCAUGUUUAUUCGUCCUGGGGAAUGUAGUCUGCUGUGUCUCUGACAGAACAGAGACGCUGUAUUGUUCUCGGUCAUAAUUCCUGUUAUAAGCAAAAAACAUGACAUUUUCAUAUUACAAUCAUUUCCAGACGUUUUAUAUGUUAGCGUUAGCUAGUUAGUAAAGAGUGUGCUGGGAAACAUAGCUAGCUAACUGUUGGGUGAUGUUAGCCAUGCUUAAUGUAAACAAAAUGAUUGCUCAGAUACAGUUGUCUAUUCACUCUGUUUGCUACAAUUUUCCACAUAAAAUUCUACUCACUUUUGUGGUAUAAUUCAGACGACAAAGCUUUCUAACCGUUCUAGUGGUUCGGACAGAGCUGAAAUCAGUUAGCAGUUGAUGCUAAGUGUAAUUAAGGUGUUAUUAUAGUUAUAUAGAGUCUUUUCCUUGUGAUUUAUCAACACAUCUGAGGGAAAUGUUAUUAUUCUUGACUUGUUCUGUCUUGUUUCGACUCUCUCUGUGCCUUCACACCGCUCAUUUAAACUGCUUAAUGGUUUGCUAGGUUGGGGGGUUCGAUUCCCACCUCUGCUGUGUGUGUGCAGCGUUUGCAUGUUCUUCCUGUGCUUCCAGGGUUUCCUCCAGGUACGCCGGUUUCCUCCCCCAGUCCAGAGAUGUGCAUUGUAGGCUAAGUGGCAUCCCUAAAUUGUCCAUAGUGUGUGAAUGUGUGUGUGAUUGUGCCCUGAGAUGGGUUGGCACCCUGUCUGGUGUGUCCCCCACCUUGUUCCCCAAGUUCCCUGGGAUAGUCUCCAGGCUCCCUGUGACCCCGUGUAGGAUAAACGGUACAGAAAAUGGAACGGAUGGAUAGUAAUAAGUAGAUAGAUGUCUUAUUAAUUUCAAGAUAAAAAGAGAGGCUGGUGAGGGAAUGGCUGUUUACAACUUCUAUAACAUAAGUGAUAACAGGAAUUUGCUUAAUGGACAUUAAACAAUAACAAUACACGGAUAAAAAGUACAACAUGCUGUUCUUGUUGGCUGUCGGUGACCAUACAUCAUCGAUUCUUAUAAUAGCACUUCCUUAAUUGUUUUAUUCCUAAACUCCAUUAGGAUUACUGUUUUCUUCACCAAAUAACAUUUUCUUGGUCUUCUUACUACCAAGCAUUGUCCAUAAACCCCAUUUAACUUCCCUUGUUCCCACACUCCUUUAAGGUAUUUUUAAGGCUCUUGAACUCCAUUAAGUGCUCUUGGUCCUAAACAUUUCCUUGUCUGUGCACUUGGCAUGGUGUUUUGUCGCCGUGGAUGAUGAGAAAUGGGGGCAUAUGUAUGGGAAAGUGCCCACACAGCCCUGGGCGGGGGUUGUGAAGUCGUUGGCUAGAUGAGAACAGAGAUUGCCUCAGGCAGAGCACUAAAAGGCAUGUCGAACAGGUACUUGUGCAUGUGUGUGUGUGUGUGUGUGUGUGUGUGUGUGUGUGUGUGUGUGUGUGUGUGUGUGUUCAGGAUUGGAGAUGGUUAAUGGGGAACCCAGUGAGUAGGAUUUGCAUUCCACAGCCUCUAUGCCGUAACCAUGGACACACACACACACACACACACACACACACACACACACACACACACACACACAAAUAAAGUCUCUCUCACAUUCUCUCGGUCUGUAUAUCUGACACACACUUUCUCACGCUGUGUUGCAUCCCCCUCUUUUGCAUUUUGAUUGACACUGGCCAAGGCCUGCCUGACUAGGACCAUACCAUUCAUGACGAGGAAAUUGGGGGUGGGCUGCUAAACCAACCAGGCUGAAAAAAAAAAGCUUUUUUUUCAAACUGUUUGAAUGGAAAAUCUCUGGUCUCUUCUCUCUCUCUCUCUCUCUCUCUCUCUCUCUCUCUCUCUCUCUCUCCUGUCCCCCGUCCCUCCCCCCCUCGUCCUUUUCUUCCAAAUAGUCCGAUCCAACCCUAGAGGGGAAAGCGGGAGGGAGGGAGAGUGAGACAGCUGAUCAGUGCUGUGGUAUUCCGAGUUUCGAGAACAGAGAGAGAGAGAGAGAGAGAGAGAGAGAGAGAGAGAGAGAGAGAGAGAGAGAGACACACACACACACGCACACACACAGAUUGAGGAAGCUGACAGAAAAUGAGGAAGAAGCUUUAACUGUCUGUGGAGAACUAGCAGCCCGAAGAGUUUCAACGUCUUUCGGAAGAUAAAGAAAACAAGAGAAUGUGUUAGAAUUAAAGAGAUAGAACAAGUGUGAGUGAGAGAGAGGGAGAGAGCGAGAGAGAGAAAGGGCUUGACAUAUGAAAAAAGAAAACAAACAUCUUGAGAAGAAGAAAGUGGCAUGAAACGUGACUCGAGUGCCACGUGAAGUUUCCUGCUGCUGGAGAAAAACAUCUCAAGAAAGAGAGAGAGAGAGAGCGAGAGAUAAAGAGAGAGAGAGAGAGAGAAACACGGGGUGAGCAAGCUUAAAAUGAGAGGACGGAAAUUUUAAGAAGCAAGAAAACGCGAUGAAAGACGACCCGAGGACAUAGGAGGCUAGAGCGAGACUGAGAGAAAAGAGAGAGAGAGAGAGAGAGAGAGAGAGAGAGAGAGACGAGCUCAGCUGCAGAUCAGUGAAGACGCGUGUGUGCGUCUUUUCAAGAAGAGAUGUCGUGGCUGUCGCCCGUGCAGUGGGCCAAAUGGACCUGGUCUGCCAUGAAAGGAACAGGAGAAGACGAGCAAGAGGAGAACGACGUCCAAAACGGAGAGAUAGACGAAGAAGAUGAUGAGGAAGAGGAGAGAUCUCAGAGCUUCAGGCAAGUCGUCUCUCAUGACAGCAUGACUACAGAUCAACAGGCAUUCAGGCUGGAAAGCUCGGAUUCAGAGGGUCACUUCGAGACACCUGAGACAGAGUCACCUGUCCAUCAACCACUGGCUCCACCCACAACACACAUCACAGAGGAGGACGUUCAGGUGUCCAUCAGCGUAACCUCAGAGCCGAAAGUUACAAACCAGGACAGCUGUCCAAAAUCAGACGCCUAUGGUUUGGACUGUAGCAGCCUCCUUCCGGAAAUUCCGAAGAUGAAAUCUCCUCUGAUUCCUGAAUCCGCAGUGGUGGAAACAGUCACAGCCAGCCCUGUAAACGUGGACGAUAUUCCUCUUCCCAAAAAAUCGUACACCUUGGAACUGGAAACAAAACUUCAGGAUGAAGACGACGCUGGAGCUCAGAAACAAGGAAGUAAAACGGAAACUGAUCAAAAUCAGAAACCCGUAGAAACAGAACAGGGAUGUGAUGUGGACGACGCUCUUCUUCCUGAAAAUUCACACAGUAUAGAAAAGACGUCCGAAUUCCAAGACAACGAUGGAAAGUGCAGAAACUCUCUGUCUCAGAAACCAGGAACCAAACAACGAACCAAACCCACAUCUAAAAAACAGAAGCCCAAAGUGACAGUGGGAGAAAACGACACACACACUUCUCUAAACGUGGACGACAUUCCUCUCCCCAAAACAUCCUACAAUUUUGACCCGAGCCAAUGGGACGACCCCAAUUUCGACCCGUUUGGAGGGAAAAACAAAGUCCAGAACUCUCAGACACUCCCAAAAUCAUGCGAUUUCAAUCCGGAUAACUUCGACGACUCGCUGGAUGCCUUUAAGCCGUCUAACAAGAUCAUUGGAAGCGGCGACUCUGAGAAAACCAACGAUGACAAAACGAAGGAGGAACAGAACAAAGAGUGCCCUCUGGUGGAGGAGAGGAAAAUUAGACAGUCGCCCAAGAAGAGUAAAGACAAGAUAAUCACGAACACGUGCAAAGUGAAGAAGUAUGAGAAUACGUCGUUAGCGCUGGAUGUCUGCAAGCAGGUUGAAGAAGAACAGGAGGAGCGGGUAUGUCACGCCACUGAUGAGGAGAAACUCGCAUCUACGUGCACGAUGCAAAAACACGAUAAAACGUCUAAGACGUCAGUAACAGAAGACGACCUGGAGCUAGUGAAAAAAGAUCAUUUCCCUGAGAAGGAGAUCUGCACACCUAGUGAGAGCUUGGAGAAGACCAGCCCCAACCUUGACUCCAUCGCGCUCAGUGAGAUUGACAAAGCCGCUGUUCUGACUCUCAUCAGAGAGGAGAUAAUCACAAAAGAGAUCGAGGCAAACGAGUGGAAGAGGAAAUAUGAGGAAAGCAGAAUGGAGGUGUUGGAGAUGAGGAAAAUAGUGGCCGAGUAUGAGAAGACGGUAGCACAGAUGAUUGAAGAUGAGCAGAGGAAGAACAUGGGCUCUCAGAAAAGCGUCCAGCAGCUGAUAACGGAGCGGGAUCAGGCUCUGUCCGAUCUCAACUCGGUCGAGCGCUCGCUCUCAGACCUGUUCCGGCGCUACGAGAACAUGAAGACCGUGCUGGAGGGAUUCAAGAAGAAUGAGGAGGUGCUAAAGAAGUGCGCUCAGGAAUAUUUAGCACGCGUCAAACAGGAGGAGCAGCGUUAUAACACACUCAAGAUCCAUGCUGAGGAGAAACUCGACAAGGCGAAUGAAGAGAUUGCGCAGGUGCGUGCGAGGUCGAAUGCGGAGUGUGUGGCGUUGAACGCUAGCCUGAGGAAGGAACAGAUGAAGGUGGAAUCCCUGGAGAGAGCACUCGAACAAAAGAAUCAGGAAAUCGAGGAGCUCACGAAGAUCUGCGAUGAGCUCAUCGCCAAACUCGGUACAGCAAACUGAGCACUAAGCACACCUGGAUUUCAGCUUUCAGCUGAAGUCCUGACUGAACCCCGCCUUCCUUCACACUGCUCCGCUUCCAACGUAGUCUUGCAUGUCUGGAUCUCCAUCCAACGUCUGAAGCGAGGAACUGCAACAUCAGCUAAAGUAAUGCGCUUGUAAUAGAGACUCUUUAGACAUGGAGAGGUUAAACAUGGCACUCUGCAUGAAUCGUCAGCGCUUACUGCAGUUUCUUUAUGAUUUGUGAACCUGAGCGCAUUAGCGCUUUGUGACAGCUCUGCUUUUGGACGCAGUGUGUUUCAUCCGUGAGGUGAAUGAAUGUGUGUGUGUGUGUGUGUGUGUGUGUGUGUGUGUGUGUGUGUCAUCCUUCCUUACAAUACAUGCACUUUGAUGUGUGUGUGUGUGUCUGUCUGUGUGUCUGUCUGUGUGUGUGUGUGUGUGUGUGUGUGUGUGUGUGUGUGUGUGUGUGUGUGUGUGUGUGAGACGACUAUAUUUUCCAGAGUAUAAGACACCGUUCUUUUUUUUUUCUUCUUUUUUUUCGCCCAAUCACAUUAAAAUAUUUGCUUUUGACAUCAAAAUCAUAGUUGUCAUGGCAACCAGAAGCACAGAUAAUACAACAAAGAAAUCUUAUUCACCUAACUGCUAGGAGACGCCAACUGAUGUCCAGUGCUAAGACACAGUAUGUAAGUAAUAAAAAACUGCUCUUAUACCACAAUUUGCCAACACUAAUAAUGUUUUCUCUAUUAAAGAAUGACACGGCAUACUUUUUUAUCCAUUUUUUUGUUACGUUCGGGGUUGUGAAAUGUCUGUGAAACAUCACCACUUACAUCGUAGCAGCUAUAAAGUCAUUCCCUCACCAGCCUUUCCUUUUUUUCUAGUUAGUUGGCAGGAAUUGGCAAAAUGGAGUAAAAGAAAAAUGAUAUACAUAUUGUAGCAUAUAGAAUUAUUUUAGCAGUAGUGAUUGGACAAACUGAAGCCUCUUCAACAAGUCUUAUUAUGGUAAUAUGGUAAAUGUGUAUCUGUGCUUUUUUGUGUGUGUGUGUGUGUUUGAUAAAAGGGUCCAUGCACACGUAUUUUUCUCCCUCGCUCCACAACAACACAAAUGCAAGUGCCAGUGCAAUCCCAUGAUGCACACAGUUUAUUGUAAAUAAGAAUGCAUUCCAUGUUUAUUUUGGAUUAUUAUAAAGGUUUAUGGUUCUGUUAUUUUGUGGGGAUUUAAGCGAAAACGAGAAAGUCUUGCUAACAAAUUAGUGUGUGUAGUGUUCAUUAGUGUCAGCAUUCACACACUGGGAUUUGUGUUUUGCUUGAAUAUUUACAUUUAGUAGUGCACUAAUCCUGUAGGACUGAAAUGUUCCUGGUCCAACAAAGAUGGAGCUUAGAUUUAAUUGGAUUAGCCACGCCGCUAACCUUUCUUUUCACCGCCUAAUGGUUUAGCAUAAAAUUACUGCUCUACAGGUUGCUAUACGAUGUUACGUACUGUAGCUAGCCACUAAUUCAUAUCCAAGUUAGCUCACGAUGAUAUUGUGUAAUUAAAGCAGGUAGCCUAGUUUGCUAGCCGGCUAGAUGACCUGAGGUAAAAUAUUUUAUUGCGUAAUUAAAUCCAGUACGUCAGUAUGGAAGUUAAAAGAGAGGUCAGUGGUGGUGCCGUACGAUCACGUUUGCGAUUGGCUAAUCAAAUGUAAGUGAAGCUCCGCCCUUAUUGAUUCAGUGACAUGUUAAACAGCGGCAUUGUAUUAUAUCUUAUAUUUAAUCAGGUGUGACGCACAAAGAGAUCAAAAUGAACUGAAAGUGAUCAAACUUGAACUUUUAUUCGAUCUUCUUUUUAUGAAGGUAGAAAAAAACGACUUUUUAAUUAUUAUAAUUUUUAAAAAAUCAUUUCGCUAAUUACACUUUAAGCACUUCUGAGAUCAAGAGGGACCGUUUAUCAAACGGCGAAUGGACUUGAGGUUUUUUCUUCCUUCUUUUUUUUUUUUUCCUCUUCCAGCAAUUUAACACUUUUCUUUGCUUGGAAACUUUGAUUCGUCUUUGUGUUUUCAAGUGUUUCAGUACUGCUUUUGACCUGCCCUUGUUGACUUCGUUUAAGUUCGUUAGACGUUGGGCGUUAGCAAUGUAGCGCUCAGGAACUUAUCCGGAAGGCAUUGCUGUGGUGUGACUUUGAAAACUGUCGGAGGUUUCUAUGUGUAAAAUAGAACAGUUUAAUUAUUCAGUCAGAGUUCUUAUUAUUUUUUAAGUCUGUACUUGUCAGCUUGUGAAACUGUGGUACUUUACUGCGAUAGCUAAUUGGCACACGAGAUAGCUAGCAUGCUAGUUAUUUAGCUAGUUAGGCAGUUGAUAAAGUGUUUUAAAGAAAAUAAAUCCGUACAAAUCGCCAAGGAAAUUGUAAAUAUCAUCAUCUUAUUUUGUAAUGUUUUACCUAGCAAACCAGCUGAUUAGCAUGCUAGUGGCCUAGCAAGGCCAUAUCUGAGUGUGUACAUCUCUAGCUUGUGUGUGAGCAAUAACAACGAAUGCGUUUCAUUCUUAACACCGUAGACAAUCGUGCGAUGUGAGCGGAAAUCAUCAAGUGUGUGUUGAAAACGGUAUUGGAACACUUCACCUUUGUGAAGGAACAAAAUAUUUUUAUAGAAAUCCUGUUGGACUGACAAUCCGCCUUUUGCUCUGUGCCUGUUGCCAAAGUGACGCCAGUCAAGCUGCCCGGUGUCAUAUCCCACAAUGCCCAGCGUGUCAUAUGCAAUAGCUGCCAAAAUGUGUGUACUGAUAUACAGUUUAUUGUUUAAUCUUCAAAACGUAGUCACAUUCAGGACGGUUUUUAUAAAGAAGUGUCCUUCUCUGAGAAUCGAUCCCAUCGUUCUGUGCACCUCACGAGUUUAACAUGAAAGCACGGAAAACACGGUGGACGCUCCUUCCUUCCUCUUCCUGUUUCCUCUCUUUUUUUUUUUUUUUUUUUUCUUCUUAAAUACACCAUGAUGAGAUCCUGAGAGUAUGCUUAAGAGGGAUUGGGAGUUCAGUGAUGAUGAUGAUGAUGAGGAUUUGAUAUGUGCACAUUCUUAUAGCGCUGAACUCUGGCUUGUGUUUGUGUGUGUGUGUGUGUGUGUGUGUGUGUGUGUGUAUUCAUUUGUGUUCAUGUUUGUACAGUGGGAGAGAAAGAGAGCUGCACAGAAAUCAUGUUUACUAAUAUAUUCCUUCUCUAUAUUAUAUUCUAUAUUUUGUGCAUAAAGUGUUGCCUGAAUUAAAGGUAUUAGAACGUA